AUGGGACUCGGAACUGUGAUUGAUUUAUCAGCAACGCCGGUCAAUAGUGAACAGUUCAUUAUGCGUAGUAUCAAAAAUGAUUGUAAUGAUGAGGCUGCUGGUAUGAGUAGUGAUCAAAUCACAACAACUUUGCGACGUCCUUUGCUGCUUCUGGAUCAUAGUAUGUCACCACCAGAAGUAAAAGAUGCUCUUUCUUCUGAACACUCAAACUUGAGGCAUGGAAUGCAGUUGUCUGAAACUCACGAAGAUGUGCCUUCCGAUCCAUUUGUAUUUUCAGCUCAUCAGUUAAAGAAAAUUGAGGUUUCUUCAACAGUUGUUACGAACACAGUAUUGACCACAAAACAGCCGUUGGAGAGUCGUUGCUUUGACUCCAGCAAUUGUCCUCAUGAUCCUGAACCGUCUACCUCAAAAGAUCUGUCACCAAAAGAUACUGGUAGUGAACAAAAGAAUGAAGCAUUGAGCUUAGUAAAUGGAAAAUGUAAUCUGCAAACAUCAGUUGGUAUGGGAAAUUCGAGUCAGAUUUCUGCUAAUAAUUUAAAAGAACCUGACAAGGAUAUCCCAAUGCAAUAUUCUACUUGUACACCCUAUGGGAACAGAAAUCAACAUGUCGAAAGCACGGAUGUGCCUCGAAAGAUCUCAUCCAAUGUUCAUAAACAACAGCUAUUUUCUGAGGUUGAUGUUCAUCAAGGAAUAUCUCGACGGUCGCUAAUAAACACAGCUCCUUUAUCACCAAAUCAUUACGGUUCUAUUUUGGCUCAAACAUCACUGACAUUUCGAAUUAAUAGACGUUCAGAGCUCUACAAUUCACGCAAAACUUCGAUGCUUACCAAUGCCACUGAGAUACUGGCGCGUCCAGAGCGGGAAAUUUCCAGGAACGUAGAGAACAUGCAACAAAAGAAGCAAAAAAUUCAGGAAGAACGAAUAACGACUGCACAUUUUGCGUCGUCUUCAUCAUUACCAGCUGUGAGUGCAGGCGAAGAUCAUUUGCAAAUUCCUAAUGAGCAAAUUUUGAAUAAAGCUCUUGAUUUAUUACGAAAACCGGUGCAGGACGAUGUAAAUGAAUCGAGAACUGCAACAAAACGAAGUUAUCCCAAAAAAAUCAGCUCUAGUACUGUUAUGGACUAUAAAGAUGGUUUAAAUAGAAAAGUAUUGCAAGAGAAAAUUGGAAAAUUACGUGACAAAAACGGACUUGCGUUAAGCGUACCACAUCUUGAGCGUGCUCAUCUCAGUCAGUUGGUUAAUUUACUACAGCGUUUCAAGAAUCACUUUGCGAUUAAUGAUUUUCUGGCAAAAGAAGUUUCGGAUCAUGUUUUCGGUGAUAGUUCGGCUAUUAUUACUCAAAAACUAGCUAAGGAUGCUCAUAAUUCCCUAUCUGGGGAAUCAGACAGACGGCUGAUGAAAUAUGUUAUGGAUAUUGAUGCAACAGAUUCUGAAGAUAGUAAUGGCGAAAACGAGGAACAAAUGCCAUCAACAUCUAGUGCUUAUCCACCAUGCGGGAGCUUAUCGUCUCCUGCAUAUUUUGAUGAGCGAGUUCGUUUGGGUGCGCUGGAUGCAAAAGCUCUUUGUAUGGAAGAGGACUGUGAAGAAAAACUAAGUGUUGUUUAUCGCCAGCUGAAUAAUAUUCGAAGACGAAAGAAGAAAGUAUAUUCAUGGAAUGAUGAAGCUUUGACUGAAUGUUGUGCAAGAUGCUUACCAUUUGAUGGUAAAAGACGACGUUUUCUAAAAAGGAAGAAGAUGGACAGGAUAGGGAAAAACGGUCUCAUUGAACAUGAAAUUCCUAUAUUAUUGGAUAUUGGCGAACGCGUAAGGUCAUACGCUGCUGUGGAUAAUCGAGUUUUUCCUCCACUUCCUUUGCUUGCAGCGAUACCCAUAGAACGAGGUGCUGAAGUCUACUGCCAUCGAAGAUCGACUCGACCGUUAAUACAUUUGCGUAAAAGAUUUGAUCGCUCUACAUGGACUACAUUUUUGGAGGAACGAAAGAUGGUGGUAAAGGAAGCAGUUAUAGUGGAUGAUAGACAGACACGAAGGAAACGAGAGAGAAGUGAGAGUGAAGAAAGUUAUGAUGAUGACGAGGAGUACCAACCGCCUACAAAUUAUUCCCAUCGAAGUUCAUAUUCCAAACGACCGUCAACGUUGAAACGUACUGGUCAAAACCUUGUGGGAAGAUCGUUUGAUCGAAAGAGGAAUGGAGACUUCCGGAACCGUAAAUUUACUAACCAUCGACUUCGGCUGCUUCGUACAAAUGACAUUGAAGAUGGUCUUGUCGAACCAAUGCCCGGCCUCCCUCAGAAAAUUGAUUAUAAAGAAAUUUGUAUACCACAUUGGGAACGAAAGCCAUUGAAAUUGGUAUCCGAGGAAAGUUCAGGAUGCACGCAUCUGGCAGAAUGCUCAUGUAUAGCAAACAUAUCGAGGCGGCAUCUGCCAUACGAAUUAAAUGAACGAAAACGUUUCCAACAGUACAGGGAUUAUGUAGCCGCAAAAUCAGCAUCAACAGCCUCUAAGUUGUCAGGAUCUAGUCAUUCCAAACUUCGAGCGGCAAGCACUGCUCCAUCUGCUACUGGUUCGGCAGAAAGUCUGAGUUUACUAGAAAGUGUUCACUCAGUAUCUGCUGCACCAAGUCCUGCAGCUAUGUAUUAUGCUUUUGAUGACGAUCAACUGAGUUCGAAUAACGGUGAAUCAAUAUCUGUACCCGACUAUGACCGACCGUCUAUGGCUUCACCGUAUUCACCGAGAAUUUUCUCUGUCCCCAUGCUUUCUGGUUUCCAUUCGAUGAAAAAUGAAAACAAGUAA